CGACAAAGUAUAUCAGCACGUGGUUCUAUAGGUUCUGCAGAAACAUACUACUGCGAAAAACUCGCCCGGACGUGAACGUAAUCGUGGCAGUGUUAUUGUUGAAAUUGAUAGUGGCGGGGCUAGUGGUGGUUCAAAAAAUGCCACUGGUUCGAGGGGUGCACGUGAACUAUCGCCGACACCGAAAAAUCAACAACGCAAAAUGUCAACGGACUUUCGUUCGCGUGCCGGUAGUUUUAUUCAUGUUGAUGAGGACGGUCGCAGUAUAUUAAUGCGUAAACCGGUGCGUUUAAAAAAUAUCGAGGGUCGUCCAGAAGUUUAUGAUACUUUGCAUUUUAAGGGAAGAGAGAUUUUAUCCUGUUCGAAGGCCACUUGCAUGAGCAGUGUUAUGAAUUUUGGCACUGCUGCAGUGGAGGCUCGUAAAACGGAAGUGGUAUUGGAACAUGCUAAAGAUUUUCUAGAUCAAUAUUUUACCUCAAUUAAAAGAUUAUCAUGUGCAGCACACGAAACCCGCUGGAAGCAAGUACGUCAGAGUAUUGAGUCUACAGGCCAUUAUCAAUUGACCGAAACUGAAUUGAUUUAUGGUGCUAAAUUAGCCUGGCGUAAUUCAUCACGCUGUAUUGGACGCAUACAAUGGUCUAAAUUACAGGUCUUUGAUUGUCGUUAUGUGACCACAACCAGUGGCAUGUUUGAAGCCAUUUGUAAUCACAUUAAAUAUGCCACCAACAAAGGUAAUUUAAGGUCAGCCAUCACCAUAUUUCCACAGCGUACAGAUGGACGUCAUGAUUAUCGUAUUUGGAAUGCUCAGCUUAUCUCGUAUGCUGGUUACAAACAAGCGGAUGGCAAAAUCAUUGGAGAUCCCAUGAAUGUUGAAUUUACUGAGGUCUGCAUGAAAUUGGGUUGGAAAGGCAAAGGUACCGAAUGGGAUAUUUUACCUUUAGUCGUAUCAGCCAAUGGUCAUGAUCCAGAUUAUUUCGAUUAUCCACCGGAAUUAAUUUUAGAAGUUCCAUUAAGUCAUCCAAAAUAUGAAUGGUUUGGUGAGAUGAACUUGCGAUGGUAUGCUUUACCUGCCGUAUCCAGCAUGUUAUUCGAUGUUGGUGGUAUACAAUUUACAGCCACCACAUUCAGUGGCUGGUACAUGUCCACUGAAAUUGGUUGUCGUAAUUUAUGCGACACCAAUCGUCGUAAUAUUUUGGAGGUAUACUGUGCAUUAAAAAUGAAUCUGGAUACACGUACGCCAACCUCCUUGUGGAAAGAUAAAGCUGUGGUUUGAAGUUAAUAUUGCUGUUUUACAUCAUAUCAAAGUCGUAAUGUCACCAUUGUGGAUCAUCAUACCGCAAGUGAGUUUAUGAAACAUUUUGAAAAUGAAUCAAAAUUACGAAAUGGCUGCCCUGCUGAUUGGAUUUGGAUUGUACCACCCCUAUCGGGUUCAAUAACACCCGUAUUUCAUCAAGAAAUGGCUUUGUAUUAUUUGAAACCCUCAUUUGAGUAUCAAGAUCCCGCUUGGCGUACUCACAUCUGGAAGAAGGGUCGCGGUGAUGGCAAAAGCAAGAAACCACGAAGAAAAUUCAAUUUUAAACAAAUUGCAAGGGCUGUGAAAUUUACAUCGAAAUUAUUUGGACGUGCUUUGUCGAAACGUAUCAAAGCUACAGUCUUGUAUGCCACAGAAACGGGCAAAUCUGAACAAUAUGCUAAACAAUUGUGUGAACUGUUGGGACAUGCAUUUAAUGCACAGAUCUAUUGCAUGUCUGAUUACGAUAUUUCAUCCAUUGAGCAUGAAGCACUAUUGAUUGUUGUUGCCUCAACAUUUGGUAAUGGUGAUCCACCGGAAAAUGGUGAGUUAUUCUCACAGGAUUUGUAUGCUAUGAGAGUACAGGAAUCAGCUGAGAGUGGCCAGGAUUCCAGUGUCCCAGUUGCUUCAUCGAAAUCAUUUAUGAAAGCGAGCUCAAGGCAAGAUUUUAUUAAAUUACCCUUGCAACAAGUAAAGAAAAUCGAUAGAUGGGAUUCGUUGAGAGGCUCCACAUCGGAUACAUUUACAGAAGAGAAUUUUGGGCCUUUAUCGAAUGUGAGAUUUGCUGUUUUUGCCCUGGGAUCCUCGGCUUAUCCAAAUUUCUGUGCUUUUGGUCAAUAUAUCGACAAUAUUUUAGGCGAAUUGGGUGGUGAACGUUUGCUAAAGGUUUCUUAUGGCGAUGAAAUGUGCGGACAAGAACAAUCAUUUCGUAAAUGGGCUCCUGAAGUCUUUAAGGUGGCAUGUGAAACAUUUUGUUUGGAUCCAGAAGAAAGUCUCUCGGAUGCCUCAAUGGCUUUACAAAAUGAUUCUUUAACUGUUAAUACAGUACGCUUGGUGCCCGCUAAGGGUAAGGGAACACUGGAGCAAUUACUCUCGAAAUAUCACAAUAAAAAAGUGACUUGCUGUCAAAUCAAAAAACAACCACUUAACCUCACCAGCAUGGCGAGUGAUGAGAAGACCACCAUAUUAUUGGAAAUAACAGCUCCCGGCAUAGAUUAUGAGCCAGGAGAUCAUGUGGGCAUAUUUCCGGCUAAUAGACCGGAAAUUGUGGAUGGUUUACUGAAACGUUUGACUGGUUUCGAGGAUCCAGACGAAGUUUUGCAAUUGCAAUUGUUAAAGGAGAAACAAACAUCGAAUGGUAUUUUCAAGUGUUGGGAAUCACAUGACAAAAUACCAGCAGAAAGUUUAAGAACUCUUUUAACUAGAUUUUUUGAUAUAACAACGCCACCCUCGAGGCAAAUGUUGACUUUGUUGGCGGGUUUUUGUGAAGAUAAUGCGGACAAGGAACGACUACAGUUGCUGGUCAACGAUUCGUCGGCCUAUGAAGAUUGGCGUCAUUGGCGUUUACCUCAUUUACUAGAUGUUCUCGAAGAGUUUCCCUCUUGUAAACCGCCAGCCUCUUUAGUAUUGGCUAAUUUAAUGCCUCUACAAUCGAGAUUCUAUUCAAUAUCCUCUUCACCACGUAAGGUCAAUAAUGAAAUACACUUGACCGUGGCCAUAGUCAGAUAUCGUUGUGAGGAUGGUGCUGGAGAUGAACGUUUUGGUGUUUGUUCUAACUAUAUGGCUGCUCUUAAGGCUCAAGAUGAUCUUUUUAUAUUUGUGCGCAGUGCUCCUGGUUUUCAUUUACCCUCGGAUACUUCCAGACCUAUAGUUUUGAUAGGUCCUGGUACAGGUAUUGCUCCCUUCCGCUCAUUUUGGCAGGAAUUUGAAAUGAUGCGUGAAAUGCAUAGCGAUUGUCAAUUACCUAAAGUAUGGCUUUUCUUCGGUUGUCGCAAUAGUAAUGUGGAUUUGUAUGCCGAUGAGAAAGAGCGUUUGGUUAAGGAGCAAAUAUUGGAUAGAGUAUUUUUAGCUUUGUCUAGAGAGCCAAAUAUACCAAAGACUUAUGUCCAAGAUUUGAUUGAGCAAGAAUUCGAUUCAUUAUACAAUUUGAUUGUUGAGGAACGUGGUCACAUUUAUGUGUGUGGUGAUGUCACAAUGGCGGAACAUGUCUAUCAAACUAUAAGGAAGUGCAUUGCCGGAAAAGAACAAAAAACAGAAGCGGAAGUUGAGACAUUUUUACUGACAUUACGUGAUGAAAAUCGUUAUCAUGAAGAUAUAUUUGGCAUUACUUUGAGAACCGCUGAAAUUCAUACCAAAUCUAGAGCCACAGCUCGCAUAAGAAUGGCUUCACAACCUUAAACAGGAACCAAGAAUAGGGAGGAAUAAAAACUCCUUAAACAAAAUUUAAAUUUAUUAAAAAAAUAUCACAAAUUUUACUAAAAGCAAUUUAUUAAACUUCAAGAAAACACAAACACGAACAAAAUAACUGUAAAUUUAUGGUAAAAAUUAUAAAAAUAUUCAAAAUAUUUUUUUCCAAAUAAUUAACUAUUUUUAAUACUAAUUGUUGUUGCUCCUCAAAAUGAAAAUAAAUUACAAAAAUUACAGCGUCAUAUCAAAAAACACAAAAUAUUUUUAAACAAUUUUUAAUUAAACUAAAAAAAAAAUACAAAUUUGUUGUUGGUAGUUUUCAGAAAUUUCUUUUUGUUACAAAACAUUACCAAAAUUUUCAAAAUAAUUUCUUUCUAAUAAGUGUUACGCAAAAUUUAAA